CGUACGGCCAUGCUCAUUCCAUAGCAAACGAGGUCGGAAAAUUUUAAAAACACUCCGACGCGAAUACCAUUCCCAAUUGUUUAUUGUGACCCGCCUCUAUAGUCACCGGCCGCCACCGUUAGAAGUUACCAGAAAGACCAAUUGAAGAUUGAAGAGUCAUCGCUGACGCUUUUAGAGUGCCACCCAAAAGAAAAGAUAUAAGAAAUGGGGGAUUUUUCAUCAGAAGGACUCACCCUGUUCUCUCCUUACAAGAUGGGCAGGCUCAAUCUCUCUCACAGGGUGGUGCUUGCGCCAUUGACAAGGUGUCGAGCUCCUAACGGAAUUCCACAGCCAGCGAUGAUCGAGUAUUAUUCUCAGAGGUCAACCCCCGGCGGCCUUCUUAUCACUGAAGCCACUACGCUCUCCGACACGAGUGCUGGGUUUCCACGUAUUCCUGGGAUUUACACAGAUGAACAGGUUAAGAAAUGGAAGAAGGUGGUCGACGCUGUUCACGCCAAAGGUGCCAUUAUUUUCUGUCAACUUUGGCAUGGAGGUCGUGCUUCUCAUCAAGUUUACCAACCUAGUGGGCGUUCGCCGAUUUCUUCAACCAACAAUCCCAUUUCAAAUAGAUGGAAAAUUCUGUUGCCAGAUGGGUCUCAAGAGACUUAUGCUCAGCCUCGACGCCUCGAAACCCAUGAAAUACCUCAGAUUGUUGAGCAGUAUCGCCAGGCUGCCUUAAAUGCUAUUCGAGCAGGUUUUGAUGGAAUUGAGAUCCAUGCGGCACACGGCUACCUCAUUGAUCAAUUCCUAAAAGAUGGGAUCAACGAUCGAACUGAUGAAUAUGGUGGGUCGCUUGCAAACCGUUGCAAAUUCUUGAUUCAGAUUGUUCAAGCAGUAGUUGAAGCCAUUGGUGCUAAUAGAGUUGCCGUCAGAAUCUCACCAGCUGUUGAUAACAAUGAUGCUACGGACUCCGACCCGAUUGGCCUAGGCCUUGCAGUGAUUGACAAGCUCAAUCAGCUUCAAUACAACGUAGGCUCAAAGCUCGCUUAUCUCCAUGUAACUCAGCCUCGUUUCUUUGCUCAAUACAUCGGAGGCUUGGCCGAGUCUGAUCAAGACACAGAUGCUCAAUCCAUGAGGACUUUGCGAGAAGCUUAUCAAGGUACAUUCAUGGCUAGUGGAGGGUUUACGAGAGAACUAGGAAUGGAAACCGUGGCUUCCGGUGAUGCUGAUUUAGUGUCAUAUGGCCGGAAUUUUAUCUCAAACCCUGACUUGGUGUUGAGGUUUAAGCUGAAUGCUCCCUUGAACAAGUAUAUUAGGGAGACUUUCUACACCGAUGACCCUGUAGUUGGGUACACAGACUACCCUUUUCUGGACAACGAAAGUGUGAAAGAGGAUUAGCUCUCCCCAUUUUUAUUUUGAUGUUUGAAAUUGUUCUUGUUCGUUUGGUUGAAUAAGUCCUUAUUGUGAUUUGAAUGUGAUGGAAUACAAUGUAAAAACAAAUUGAAUAAUGUUAUAUGAGUUUUUCGACGUGCA